UAACUAAUGUGUGUGAGUAUUGUUUCAGAGUCAAAUAACUAUUGUAUUUUGAAAUAAAGUAUUUAAGACUUUCAUGAUUUGUCAUUUAGUUUAUCUAAAUUUAUAUCCAAAGACAGUUGGUGUGUUGAUUAUACAAACCUACAACAAUCACAAAAACAAGUUAAAAAAUGAGUAUCACAUCAUAAGAAGUGAACAUUGUUACACAACAUGCACUUAAAUUUUUUUUGUCACUUUUAUUGACAAAAUUGUUUACGAUAUUUGCAAAUUUGAUCUCACGAAGAAUAUCUGCUUUGAUAGACAGCAAGUUUAGCGUGUCUAAUCUCUACGGAAACAUGAAACAUCAAAAUGGCACAAAAUAAUACAUUUCCAUACACAAAAGAAAGUAUUUUUCAAAGCGAAGAGUUUAAGUUAAAAUUAAGCAGUAGUAUUGGAGUGGAUUGGAGAAAUCUUGGAAAUAUCUUAAAUAUUGAGGACAACUAUUUAGAUGCGAUUGAUCAAAACAAUAAUAAAACUGAUGAAAAAGCGUAUUCAAUGUUGACUAAAUGGAUUCAAAUGAAUGAUAAUCCAACACUUACAGAUUUAAAGAAAGGUUUGUGGAGCAUAGAGAGAGUUGAUCUAUUAGGAGUUGUUGAUGAAUUCACUAACGCAUUCAGUACAUUAGAAAAAGCUUAUUUAAAAACUACACAAAGAGAACCCUACAAGUAUAGUUACAAAGAAAAUGAUAUUGACAAUAAUAACUUUUUUCAAUAUGAAAAAAAUACUGAAAAAGAGGUUUUGCUUGAAAACUCUAGCGGCACAAAGCAAAUUAUAAAAACUUUACACGUAAAUGAGUUUCGUGAAAGGUUUAGUAUUUACAAACCUGGCUCGAAAAAACCUACAGUAGUUGAUGAUUUAGUGAAUGAUGAUAUUAAAACUGCUAAAAGCAUGUUGGCAGAUAAGACAGGGGGUUCUAAAAAAAAUUCCUUCUAUAUCCGCCCUUUUCGAAAGAAAGUUGAAGACCAAGAAAUGUUAAAGGAGCAGCCUCGAAAAAAAAAAAACGAAGAUCAAGAAGAAAUUUUGCAAGAUAUUAUUUUUAAAAAGUCUGUAUUUAUCGGCAAGAAUAAGAAAGAUAAAAGAAGCAAAACUUUUGAUGUUUACGAAAAUUUAGAAUCUAAAUCAGUUAAUCAAAAGUUUUUUGACAGAAGUUUUUCAAACUUGGAGAGCUCAGAAGAAAAGUUAUUACACUCUAAUGAACGUUUUUCAGUUCCAAGGAAUAAAUUGACUUCUGUAGAAUUAUUUUCAAAAUGCUGUGGUGAAAUAAGUUAUAAAAUUGGUAGUGAUUGGAUUCGAUGGGGACAACACCUAGGCUUAAGUGAUUCAGAUCUUGAUAACAUUGACUAUAAUAAUGCAAAAUGUUACGACAAAGCUCGUAAUGUUUUAAAAAAAUGGAAGGAAAAAAAUGGAUUACCUUCAUGGGAGCAAUUGAAAAAUGAGCUAUUAGCUUUUAACCGUUUAGAUAUAAUAGCUGAUAUUGAGAGUAAAUUUGCAGAUUACUUGUACAGUCCAGAAGAAAUAAGAAACGAAACUAUGGAAUUUGAUUUAUCUAAACAAGCGGGACAAGAAUUUAAAAGUGGUCAAGUGAACUACUAUCACUUUCCGUUAUUGACACACGUGUUAUCUCACACAAAGAAACAAAAUGAAAAAAUAUCUGAGAUAUGUACAGCACUAAAAAAUUACUAUCAGAAAAAUUAUAAGAAUAUAGACGAAGUUCGACCACUAUUAAAAGAACCCGCAAAUGUUGAUCUAAUAAAUAAAUUUGUCGAUUUAUGUAUAGUUGAUGCAUGUAGCACUCAAAUGGAUGUUGUUUGUAGUGUUGAACGAAAUAAGUUUCUUGAAAAGCAAAUGAGUUAUACACCCAUUCCAUAUAGUGAAAUAUUUAUGGAAGAAAAAUCAGUAAUAUUAAUAUCUGGAAUAGCUGGUAUUGGCAAAACAUGGUUGCUUAGAAAAUGUUUGCUUGAUUGGUCAAAUAACUUAAUUUGGAAAAAUGUUAAACUUGUCUUUUAUUUGGAAUGCAGGAUGCUUAAUGAAUAUCAAAACAUUUCGAAUAUUAAUGAAUUACUAAAUAUUUUUUACAAAGAUAUUAUGAAUGGUUUUAAAAUUAGUAAGAACACUGCUCUAUUUGUAAUUGAUGGAUUAGACGAAUUUAUUUAUUUAAAUAAGUUAAUAAAACCAAAUUCCAGUUUUAAAUAUCCAAUUGUUAAUGCUUUAGCAGAAAUUCAAAAUUACAAAAAUGUAGUUGCUGGUAGACUUUAUGCAAUUGACAAAUACCAAAGUAUAACUAUAGAGCAUAGAAAUAAGUUAACCAUUCAAAUAAUGGGUUUUAACAAAAAUGGAAUAAAUAAUUACGUUGAAAAUAAUGUUACAGAAGAAAAAAAAGAAGUUGUAAAAACAAUUUUAAAUGAUUCUCCGAUUGCAAAAGUCAUGGCAUCUGUUCCUUUUUAUUUAUCGUCCAUGUGUAAAAUUAUUAGCGAUUCAAACAUAAUAUAUAAGAAUUCCUUCUUAACGAUGACUGAUUUGUAUGCAAAUAUUUUUUUAUACUUUUUGCAAAAACACAUUAUCAAAAACAAUGGAUUGGUUUAUCAAAUAAUGGAAAAUGAAAAUAAUCAGAAAUAUGUUUUAAACAUUUGUAGGAUAGCUUUUGAGUUGUUUACUGAAAAUAAAUUUAUUUUUUCAAGAAAGGAAGUUUUACUUUUUAUCAAAAACUUUGACGAAGUUGAAGAAAGUCUUUUUGGUUUUAUUGAAAGGGUUGAAACACAAAUUGGUUACCAUUACCAAUUCGCACAUUUGUCAAUAAUGGAGUUUUGUGCUUCUAUAUAUGCGUUUAAUUGUUUAGACAGUAAAGAAAUUAUUUCUAAUCUCAAACUAAAGAGUUGUUUAUCAAUGAUUUGUGGAUUAACUAGUAAAAACCAAAAUAGUUUAUUAAAAUUUCUUGUUAACCUGAAUCCUUCAAAGCAAUCUUAUGAUGAAUCUUUACUUUUGCUUAUUUUUUCGGAAUAUCAACUUCAUCAAUAUGAUCAAAACUUAUUUAUUGAAUGUUUUUAUGAAAGCCAAUCAUCAAUUACUGAUAUAUUAAAAUUUAUCGAUGAACAAAAGUGGAGAUUUUCGAUUGACGAUGGAAAAACUUCUUACAAAACUUCUUGCGAUAUUUAUUUCAUAAAUCAUUUAAUUAAAUCUGGAAGAAAGUUAUUGUCGUUACAUGUUUAUAAAAGUAUUUUAAAUGAAGAAGAAAAAAAUCUUUUAAUUCAAUGUUCAACUAAUGUUAGCAUUGUCAGCUUUCGUUGUCCAGUUAAUUUAGAAGGAUUAAAACCGAAAGCUGCGAUUGAAAAGUUGGAAAUAUGGGUUUCAAAUCACUUAAUAACAAAGAAGAACUUUGAAGAAAACUUUCUUCCGUGGAUAAAUCUUUGUGAAACUUUAAAUCUUGAACUUUCAAGUAUUAGUUUUAUGGAAGAUCUUUAUAAUUGGAUUCAAUUGGCAAACAUUAAGAAAUUGUGGAUCAAUUACCGAAGCACAGAUGAUUGUGUAGUAUACUUUGACAGCCUUGAUGAGUUAAGAAUAUUUGUAACAAAAUAAAAAAAAUGAUGUGUAAAAAAGAAAAGCAAUAGAAAUUAAACAAUAAAUAAAAAUAUAUAUUAUUUUAUGA